UUCGACCGGGAGUUUUGAUUUUGUUCGUAAUUUAAAAUCAAUUUUUAAAAUAAUUUCAAGUUUUUGAAUUAAACACGGAUACAUAAAAAAUGCUAGCUAAAAAAUGUGAUCGGCAGACCUUAAAAUGACUUUGAUUCAAAGUUUAGUUCAAUAGGAAAUAAAGUUUUAGUGUUUAUAACCUAUAAAAGUGUUAAAAACUAAGAAAAUUACUUAAAAAUGUCUUUAAUACCACAUUUGGGGUACGUUAAGGAUCACUUGAGAAUUAUUCGUGAGGUCCUACCAACCAGGAUAUCGUUGACAACAAGCCAGAAGAUAGUUAUUUUAACCGUUGGAGCUAGCAUAGCGGUGGUUGGAGUGUUAUCGAGGUUUCUACGGCGUAAGAAACGCCCCUACGACCCCACAAAGUUUAAACGAAACAAUUUUAGUAGCAAACGAUCUAGGGCAUCUGGAAUUCGAAGUCCUAAUGAUAUAGGGAGCAUCGCUAGUAGUGGUAGACGUAGUGCAGCAUAUAGUGCAGCUUAUAGUGAACGGUAUAUAAGACAGGGAUCCACAAUCGCUAGUGAAAAGACAACUUCAAUUAUUUCGGGUAGCUUGGCCAGCGGGUCUUUAACUAUUGCAGCUGUAGAUGGGGGUGGUGGAGAUAACAUACAACUUACCCCACAACAAUUAGGCGUUAUGGGUAUGGAAGCCUUGGAAGCAUGCAUAGGCUACUGGGAGGACGCUUUGGCGAUCUACCGAUCAAAAGAUGGCGCUGGUGGACCACUGCCGAUGCUCAGUCCGGAAGAAACAGGUUUCUGUAAAGAUCUUCAACUUCUUCUGGAUUCAGCGAUAGAACUCCAAGAAAACUCAGAAAUGCUGUUUCUGGAUGAACGGUCCGUGCUGUUUCAACGUGAAAGCAGCAAAGAUCCGAAUGGAAUUGAUACGGAUUUGUCUGGUGGUGAAAGUUUUGCAUCAGCACAAGAUCAAGUGGCCGAUUUGAAAGAAUUCGAGGAAUUCGCCGACUACUUUCCUGACCUAGAAUCCUACCCCCUCUACCAACUAGCUCUAAGACAAUUAGAAAAUGGAGGCAUUCCCUGCAGGACUCUCAGGACUGAACUAGUUAAAUGCGGGUCAGAUGGCGAAUACCUGGCCAAAUUGCACUGUCUUAGGUUGGCUUUCCAGCAAUUACUCAAAGAUCCCUCACUUUAUGUAUGGUUUGCCGAUGCCGGCAGACAGAUAUUAGCGGAUCUGAUGCUGUACGCUGACAAGGAUCCAAAGGAUUUUCUUAUAGGUUACGAAGAAAUGCUACUCUACAUCCAAGACCCGAAAAACUGGCGCGACCUCGAAGAAGAACUCAGCACCAGAGGCGUCAAAGCCCUGACCUUCUACGACGUAGUCCUGGACUACAUCCUCAUGGACGCCUUCGAGGACUUGGAAAGUCCACCAUCAUCUGUCAUGGCCGUCAUCCAGAACCGGUGGCUCUCGAACGGUUUCAAGGAAACGGCCCUCACAACCGCGGUGUGGUCAGUGCUCAAAGCCAAAAGAAGAAGACUGAAAUUUCCUGACGGGUUUAUGGCGCAUUUCUACACUAUUUCCGAGCAGCUCUCUCCUUUGUUGGCCUGGGGGUUCCUAGGCUCGGACGAAUCGCUUAGGGACACUUGCGUUUUCUUUAAGGAACAGGUGAUGGGGUUCCUAGCUGAUAUUUUUAAUUUUCAGAAAUGUAAAUUCGUCAACGUCGAUAGUCUGGCCAGUGAUGUGCUGGUGAAUUUGCGGAUUAGGGUGCAAAAUAUAUCGCGCAGACUGUGUACUCAAGGGUAAAGUAUUUUAGAUGCUCAGACAAUGGUGUGAAGCUUUUACUCAGUUCGUUGGAGUAAAAUACUCAAGUUUUAUUGGUGUUCUAGAGAAGAGAGAUUCUCAGAUGAAACUACAAUAAUCUAAAACAAGAAUAACACUGAUGUGACACAAAUUGAUGCGUACUUUUACUUUUAGUAUAGUCUGUCUAGCAAGAGAGUAUAUAAUUUCGACAGACGAUGGUUGCAUAUAAAGCAAGCCUACGAAUUAAAAACACCAUUCUUGUUUUUUAAACUUUGCAGAUGGGUAGGUGUUUUUCUAAUAAAAAAAUAAGAUUAUUUUUUUCAAGUAUUUAAUAAGAAACUCUAAUAGAACUGCCAUGCACAGGGUGGGUCAAAUUCGACGCUUUUAAAU